UCUACGUUGAAACGACUCAUAGAUGGCGCUGCGAGCGAAAUGUCGAUAUUUUCAUUGCUUUGUGUCAUUACUCAUACAGUGGACGUAAACAUUAGUUAAAAAAAUACCUUUUUAACAAGCAAAAAGUGCAAAUAAUAAGUAUAAUUUCGGCGGAAAACGAAGGAAAAUUCUUGUUUCAUACGAUGAAGUGCCAGCGCAACCUCAAAUGUGUUGUUCCGGAAUGCAAUUCGUGGAGUGCCAGUUCCACAACCUUUUUCACCGUUCCCCCAAAGGGAUGCAAGACGUUCGUGCGCUGGUCCAAAUUUAUGAAGCUCUCCGGACAACGCGAGGAACGGAUUUGCCAAGCGCAUUUCAAGGCUAGUGACUUCAUACGCUAUUCACGCCAAAAACUGAAACCCUGCGCCGUUCCUUCAAAACACAUCCCGGAAACCUCCGUACGGAUCAAACCGAAAGCGGGCUGCUGCGUCACGGGAUGCCCGACGAAAAAACGAAGUAAUCUAUUUCGAUUUCCGACACCCAAGAAGCAAAGAAAGCUCAAUAUGUGGAAGGAUGUAUUCCACAUUGCUGACGAAGACAACACCGCAAUUUUUAAAAUCUGCGGAAAGCAUUUUAAAGAUUGUGAUUAUGCUAAAGUACACUCGCUGUAUCUACGACCAAAUGCUGUCCCAUCAAUCAAAGUAAAACGGCAAGUCAUCAAUCCGCGGAAAAACAAUCAGAGCAUUGCCAAACAUGUAAACACGCGUGAUCAUCCGUAUUGCUUAAACAAACCGUGGUCUGGUAAUCGUACGUGCACCGUGAGGACCUGUAAAUCACGUGCAAGCGCUACGAUAACGUUGCAUAGCAUUCCAAAGGAGCAUGAUCGUUUCGUAGAAUGGAAGAAAGUAUUACAACUGAAGAGUAUUUCAAAAAGUUCAAAAGUUUGCAGUGAACAUUUUACGAACUCCGAUUAUAUUCCAGGAGGAAAACAUUUGAAACGUAAUGCACUCCCGUCCAGGAAUUUGCCGAUGGACAGCGAAUCACUAAAGCAUAAUCCGUACAAAAAAACCUAUGUUUCAUAUCGUCGUGAUCCAACUCUACAGAAUACGAGGCCUAGCUCAAGUGCCCAGUGUAACGACGACCAGUUUGAUGCAAGCAUACAAGUUCCAGUGUCAGCUGCAAGUGUUCUUGUGAAACCUGUUUCGAUGGUUUGCACUUCAGCUGAAGAAGAGAGAAAACAUGACGUAGAGUUGAAUAAUCGGUUGAACACUGUAUCAACCGAAGAAAAUUACGAUGCCGAGAAAUCAUGUGACCAUAUGACUCAAAACAUAACAAUCAACACCAAUGAUGGUUUGGAAUUGUCCAUGAAACGCGAGACAACCAUACCGUUUAAGUUUUCCGAUUUUUUGGAAACUGACGAUGAACUAAAUACGUGGACCGGUCUUCCUUCGUUCGAAGUAUUACAAGAACUAUGCCUGGCUGCCAAAAGGCUUGAAGAUUCUGUUUAUCAAAAUAAAUUCAGCAUGCACUGUACUGAUAGGGUAAUACUUGUUUUUGCGAAGCUGAAGCAGAACUUGUCCUUUUCAGCCAUGGCAGUUCUUUUUAAGAUCCACAUUUCAACGGUUGCCAAAUACUUUGAUUAUACAGUGCAAAUACUGUCUCAAAUUCUCUCUGCAUUUGUAUACAUGCCGGAGAAGGAGGAAAUUAUGCAGAAUAUUCCUCACUGUUUCAAAGGAAAAUUUGCGAAUGUGACUAUUGUGCUGGACUGCACAGAGAUUCCUUUGGCAUCCCUGAAAUGUCUUAAUUGCCGUUUGGCUACUUAUUCACAAUACAAGUCGCGACGCACUAUCAAGCUUUUGAUCGGAGUAAGUCCAGCCGGUUUAAUUACCUUUUGUAGCAAAGCGUAUUCGGGUAAAGCAUCGGACAAAUACAUAUUCAAUCAAGAAAACCUUAUUAAUUCUUUGAACGCGCACAUAGAUGAGGUGAUGGUCGAUAAAGGGUUUACUAUAGAAAAUGAGCUGUCAAACAAAGGAAUAAAACUUCAUAUUCCUCCGUUUAUGCGGAAUGGUAAAUUAACACCUUCUGAAGCAGCUGUAAACGAAGCAAUUGCCAAGGCGCGUAUACACGUAGAAAGAGUGAUUCAGCGACUGAAAAUAUUUUCUGUACUUCAGGACACUAUUGACUCGAAUAUCGCAGGAAAUAUCGAUGAUAUUAUGAUCAUAAUAUGCGGAAUUGUGAACUUAACACGUCCUAUUCUACGUGACGAUAAAUUUUAGGAUGCAAAGCCUUUUAAAAAUCGAACAAUACCUUCAAACACAUGUAUAAACAAGAAAAGCCAACAAAUGAGUCUAAAUGAGUAGUAUAAGAUUAGAGAUAGCAGUACCAUAGCUCUUUCUUCAUUGUAAACAUUUUGUAAGCCGAUAAUAAAAUAAAAACCAGUAAAUACACAUCAAUUUUAACAUGUUUUUUAUUUUUAACAAAAUGAAUAAGUAUCAUACAUAUGU